AUGAAAUUAUAUGAAAAAUAAGGGUUUUCUCUUCUUCCUCGCGCCGCCGCAUUCCCUGCACAAGCUCCUCCCCCAUCGUCGUUGGGGUUGCAAUACUCCGAAUUAGCAGGAUUUCUUCUCUUCAAAUCCCCGUGUCAAGUAUUCUUCAUACACACAUGGGUUUGAUUGUAAACUAUCUUAAGGAAUUCCUGGAAUUUCAAUUAUAAACUACUAUUUGAUUGUAAUGCACCACGUUAUUAGAGGAGGAGGAGGGUCUACAACAACAAGAACAAUCUACUCCUGUUUUGCAUUCAUAUUAUGUAGAAACAUAUCUAACGUCAGAACUUCUAGUAACGGCGCAUCACAUAUUCGGAAUUCCUCACUUGUCGCAUUUGUUGUCAAAGCUCUGUGUAGAGACGGAGGAGGAGGAGGAGUUUGUAACCUCGAAGGGGAGAAUGUUCCAAUCUCCGAGGGUCUUGUUCUCCAAAUUCUUCGAAGGAAUUCUCUUGACAUUGACAUGAAGGUGGAUUUCUUCAGAUGGUGUACGCUGAGUCCUAAUUAUAAACACUCGUCCACAACUUAUUUAGCGGUGAUCCACUCAAUCUUUAGAUCCCGCAGUGUACGCCGCCGCCAUGACAUCUUUGACAUUUUGAUAUCUAUGAAGCGAGAUGGGCAUGUUCUUGAUUCUUCAACCUUUAAUUUAGUUUUCAAUGCAUUUGUUCAUUCUUCAGCCUUAAAAACCAUGAACCAUGUCCCCGAACUUUAUGGUUUUGUUAUUGUUGCACUCAUCCGCAAAGGGCAAAUUGACUCGGCUUUGUCCAUCUUCUUUAAGCUUCUAGAUGCCAGUGAAUUGAUUGAGGUCACUGUCUGCAAUGAAUUGCUUACUGCUCUUAAAAGGGCAGACAUGAAGAAGGAACUUAUCCAAGUUUUUAAUAAACUUAGAACUAAAAGACAUUUCAAAUUGGAUUGGUUAGGAUAUAAUAUAUGUAUCCAUGCUUUUGGGUGUUGUUGGGGUGAUCUUGAAAUGUCAAUGCGACUUUUCGAAAAGAUGAAGGAUGAGGGUUAUUCACUUGAUCCGGACUUGUUCACAUUUAAUAGCCUUAUUCAUGCUCUCUGUCUUGCUAAUAGAAUGAGAUAUGCAAUCAUGGUUUGGGAAGAAUCAUGCCAUGAAACUGAUGCUUACACCUAUAGAAUUCUAAUUCAAGCCUGUUUCAGAUUUAGAAUCCAAUAUGCAUUAAAGAUAUUCACCGGGAUGCUAAAUAAAGGUUUGCAUCCUGAUUCAAUGAUUUAUAACUCCCUUUUAAAUGGGUUGUUUAAUAAUGGGAUGGUUACGAACGCAGUCGAGCUUUAUGAAAGAAUGAUCGAUGAAGGACUGAAGGUUUCUCUAUGUACUUACAAUAUAUUAAUUGUUGGAUUGUUCAAUAAUGGAAAGGGCGAGGAUGCGUACACAAUGUUUUGUGAUUUGAAGGAUAAAUGUUCGUUAGUUAACGGGGAGACCUAUAAAUGCGUGAUAUUACAGUUUUGUAAGGAAGAUAAGAUAGAGGAAGCGCUGAAUCUGGUCGAAGAAAUGGAAGCUAGAGGAUUCAUCGUUGAUUUGGUCACGAUUGAGUCGCUUCUAAUUAAGCUAGUUAGGAAAGGGAGAUGGGAUUUGAUUGAGAGACUAUUGAAGCAUAUCAGAGAAGAAAAUCUCUUCUCGCCAGAAGUUUUGAAAUGGAAAACCAACAUAGAUAUAUUGAGGGGAAAAAAUAUGAACUUAACUAGGAUUACUCGAGACGAUGAUAAAUCAGAGGUUGUUGAUAUUGAAGAGGAGAAUUCUUCGCAACUAUCCACACAUAAAAGUGAUUUGUACCAAAUGAUCUCUCUUAAAAGGAAAAGCAAAAGAAUACAAUCUAGACAUGUUACUGAACAUGUAAGUGAAUGUUACUACAUCAAUAUGGUCAAUGUGUACUUGUCGGCAUACCUAGCCAAGGGAGACAUGAGCUUAGCAUGCCAAUUGUUUGUGAAGUCCCGGGAAAUGGGUCUCAACCCUAUCACAUACACCUACAAUUCCAUUAUUUCUUGUUUGGUCGACAAUGGAUAUUUCGAUGAGGCAUGGGAUGUGCUUCACAAGAUGGAUAAAAAUCUAUGUAAUGCCGACGUAGCAACCUACAAUAUGAUUAUCCACGGGUUAGGGAAAAUGGGGAGAGUUGAUCUACUAAACCAGUUUCUCAAUUCAUACAAGGAUGGAGGGGGUUAUCUUGACCAUAUCAUGUACAACACCUUGAUUAAUGCUUUUGGAAAGUGCGGCGAUUUGGAUAAAGCAAACAAGUUUUUUGAGGAAAUGAAAUCUAGUGGAAUGCACCCUUGUCGGAUAACCUUCAACACGAUGAUCGAUAUCCACGCUAAGGCGGGUCGAGUGGAGGACGCCCAUAGAUUUCUGAAAAUGAUGUUAAAUUCUGAUUGUGCACCUAAUCAUGUUACCGAUACAAUUCUAAAAUUUUUGGAAGUAUUAAAUAAAUAA